AUGAUAAUAGGCGGGGCACCCGAACUCAACAGUGCCCCACAAAUUUUACAAUCUCUCUGCUCCGUAUCUGAAUGUGUUCAGCGUCAGUAUCACUUUAUAAAUGAGAUGAAGAACUGGACUGAAGCUCAGAGAUACUGCAGAGAGAAUUACACAGAUCUGGCCACCGUUGACAACAUGAACGACAUGAACAAGCUGAAGAAGAGUGUGAAUGAUAGAAGUGUUCAGUAUGUCUGGAUUGGGCUGCAGAAGACGGGUCGUGAUAAAUGGCAGUGGUGUUCAGGUGAACCUGCGCUCUAUCUGAACUGGUUUACUGGACAACCUGAAGACAGUUAUUGUGCUAUGAUGAAAAAUGGACAAUGGGAGGAUCUGCCAUGUAGUGAUAACCGACAUUUCAUCUGCAACAACACAAACACAGGAUUCGUCUUUGUCAAUCAGACGUUGAAUUGGACAGAUGCUCAGAAUUACUGCAGACAGAAUCACAUUGAUCUGGUCAGUGUGAGAAACCAGAAUGAGAAUCAACAGGUUGAGAAGAUCAUUAGUGAUAGACAGUUAUCUGGAUCAUUUGUCUGGAUCGGUCUGUUCAGAGACUCAUGGCAGUGGUCAGAUCAGAGUAACUCCUCAUUCAGAUACUGGAAGUCUGGUCAACCUGAUAAUUAUAAUCUUGGUGAAAACUGUACAGCUGCUGAACUGAAUGCUGAGGGACAAUGGCAUGACUUCUCUUGCACCAGUCAGUAUCCUUUUGUGUGUCAUGAAGAUAAACUGAUUCUGAUCAAAGAGAAUCUGACGUGGUCUGAAGCUCUGAGAUACUGCAGACAGAAUUAUGUGGAUCUGGUUUCGGUUCAUUCAGAAGAGAUUCAGCAUGAGGUGAUGAAUGUGGUUAAACGGGCGUCUACUGCGGCAGUGUGGUUGGGUUUACGUCACUCCCGUAUUUUGGGCAUCUGGUUCUGGGUGAGUGGAGAGACCGUGUGCUAUCAGAACUGGGCACCAGGGAACGGCACAUCAGAGGAGGACUGUGAACACACAGUGAGAUCUGGAGCAGUUCAGUCUGGAGGAGAUCAGCACUGGAUCAGCCGUCCUGAAACUGACAAACUCAACUUCAUCUGCAGCAGAUAUUAAGAGUGAAUGAAUAUACU